AUGAAGAUCUCCGCCGCAAUCAUUACCUCUGCCCUUGUGGCUAGUGCCACUGCCUUUGACAAAUGGCAGCCAUGGGGAAAACGUGAUUACUCCUGCUUGAACAUCUACCAAGGCAUUCCCGAUAACUCUACCCUCUCCCCUGGCCAAACAGUGUCUCUGCAUUUCAACCGUGCGCCCACAACGCACUGCCCUGACCCGCUGGCGAAGUAUCCGACUGGCACAUACGGAGUGUGGUUGUACAACAACCCUGUACGAGACCGCGAUACGAUCUCUUUUGCGCAAUCUAUCAAGAUUGAGCAAGGGAUUAAUACUACGUGCGGUCACAUUUAUGUCAAAAUUCCUGCGAAAUUGCCGUCCGUUCAGCAUGGGGAUCUUUGGUAUUUGCGGUUGGAUACUUCCUUGGACACGGCGCCACAGAUGCCGACUGUGUACAACGCUGCUGGGCCGUUUAGUAUCACGGCUUAA